AUGGAAGGUACUUUAUCCAAGUCUCUGUCGAAGCCAAUUCUACACAGAGGAAAAUAUGGCAAAAGGUUGAAGCUCAAAGGAAUCAGGAGUAUUUCCCAAACUCCCGCCAAAUUUAUGAAAAGGCGUAUUGCAACUCAAAGGAAUGUCUUCCAUCAUCCGAGGUUGAACAAAACUUCAACUACCCCAUUGAUGGUCAAAACUCCAGUGAAAAGACUCAGAGCAGCAUCGUGCAUGGAGUCUCCUGUGAAGCCAAUGUAUAAGAAGUCAAUAGAGGACAUGAAAUCAUUGAGCCUCAAAGAAGCUCCUUUACAAAUAUACAAAAAGAAGAAGGGGUGCUGACUAACCAACGAUAACAUCAUUAAAUUAUACAUUGCUAGGAAUAAAGAUCUUGGCUAUAAAAAUUUCAUGCCUAGUCAGAUCAACCUGACCAAAUUCCAGAGAUACUGUUAUACCUAUAGCUAUGGUAGAAGAAUUUGAUUCCAGAAAUGAGGCUUUGGUCUUAAUUGUGCCUUUGAGAUUAGCCGUAUCAUACUAGCAACUCCAAAUAUCAGCAGAUUGAACUUGACAGGGAACAGAUUGGGCAAUAGUGGAGUGAUAGCACUAUCAAAUGCAAUUGCUAAGAAUAAGAGCAUCAUAUCUCUCAAUCUCUCUAGCAAUGAGAUCAGAGCAGAAGGUGCAAAAGUUUUGCUCAAAAGCAUUGAAGGCAAUAAUUCUAUUAUCGAGCUGAACAUCUCCUCAAUAGGAAUGGAUACAAAGAAUAGGAUUAGAGCGUUAGGGAUCAAGCCAUUUACCUCCUUAUUGCAGAACAAUAAAAUUAUGACCUUCUUGAACGUAUCUGGAAACAAUAUUGGAAAAGAAGGGCUCGAUUACAUUAUCCAAGGCUUAAAGCAUAACAGGAGUCUCUUAUCGCUGAAGAUCAGUAAGAAUAGUCUUAGUGGAGAGUGCAUGACAGAACUAUUUGAGACAAUACAGCAUACUGCAAUCAUUGAAUUAGAUAUCAGUGGGAACCCUAUAGGCAAUUUAAGAGCACCUGAGUACACUGAGGAAUUAAUGAUGUGAACAAAGAUACAGUCAUUGAAUAUCUCAGAUUGCAAUUUGACUAAUCACGGGCUUGAUUGCUUCUUUAAAAACCUCUCACACAAGGAAGGAAAUCUGAACACAUUUAUAGCUGAUAAGAAUGAUUUCAAGAGCUGAUUCUCACAAAAGUUAAUUAGAUUCCUAUCAUCAAACAAAGCGUUAAAAUAAGAUUAGCUUAGCUGGCUGCAACCUUGGAUCAGAUGGAGUUAAGAGUUUUUGCUGAGGAGCUGUAAAUAAUCUCAAAAUCAAAGAAAUAAACCUUGCUAGAAAUAUGAUCUCAGAUAGUGUAGUUUACCAUAUACUCAAACCUCUACUCAUGAGAGGAUGAUUACUUGAAAGUCUAGACCUUAGUGACAAUGAUAUCGGUGAUAAUGGAGGUCUCUUACUUGCAGAAGUAAUAGAAGAGAACCGGAUUAUCAAGAAAAUCAACAUCAAGAAUAACUUGAUUCAGAUAGAAGGAGGAAAAGCGAUCAGGAAUGCUCUAUUCAAUCGUCAGAGAUGCAACCUGAUCAUGCUUAACCUCGCUCUAAACCCUAUAGACAUGAAGUUAUCCCAAGAAAUAGAGGAUAUGAUCUACGACAACAAAAUCAAGAGCAAGAAGGAUACCACAAGUUUGAAAUACGAAAAGAUGGAUUAUCGAAAUGAUGAAGAGAUUUUAAAAUAAGACCUUAAAAGAAAUUGAACGUCGAAAACGUGACUCAGUUGCUGAGCAACAAAGGAUUAACCAAUAUAAGAUUCAAUCAGUGAAGGAGAAAGACAAGCUUGUUGAAGAAGAAAAGCUGCUUAAAAAAGAUGAAUUAAAACAGAAAAUGGCCUCUGCAGUGGUCAACCACAGAUUACAGGAUGUUAAUGAACGAUAUGCUAAAUCUCAUAAUAGCCUAGUAAAGGCUAUAUCUAGGUAUGAAGGAUCAGCGAAACAUAUUGCCAGCGGAGUAAGUCAAGGAGACAUUUGGGGGUGUUUUAGACCAGAAAUUUGGGCUUAACGGAGUGUAUGAAGGGUAGAAGGAUUUUAGAGUUUUGGAAUUUACUGAAAAUGUAUUUAGAAUAGAGAAAUAGAGGAAAAGCUAAAACUGAAACAAACCGAGCUGGAUUACGAAAAUGAGAGACAUGAAUGUUCAGUUAAA